UCGAUUAACUUUCAACAGACCCAAGCUCAAAACAUCUCAAACUUGAGUGAGGGCUUGGCUGGCUUUGGCUCAAUUUACAGUCCAUCGUCAUCCCUAGACUAGACUGAAUACUGAACCAGAGCGCCAUGUCGGCGAAGGAUGGAGGAGUAGAAGAAGAGCGACAGCAAGAGCAAGAGCAAGAAGAGCAGGUGGUGAAUCCCUGGGAGGUAUCGGCAAAACAAGGAGGUAAGAUCGAUUACGACAAGCUCAUUGACCAAUUCGGCUGUCAAAGGCUCGACAAAUCCAUCGUCGAUCGUGUUCACCGCCUUACGUCUCGCCCUCCUCAUAUCUUCCUCCGCCGAGGCGUUUUCUUCGCUCACCGGGAUUUAAAUGAGAUUCUCGAUGCCUAUGACAGAGGAGAGAAGUUCUAUCUUUAUACAGGCAGAGGACCCUCUUCGGAAGCGUUGCAUUUGGGCCAUCUCGUGCCUUUCAUGUUCACCAAAUAUUUGCAAGAUGCUUUUAAGGUUCCUCUUGUUAUACAGCUGACGGAUGAUGAGAAGUGCAUGUGGAAAAAUUUGUCAGUGGAGGAGAGCAAGAGACUUGCCCGUGAGAAUGCUAAAGAUAUCAUAGCUUGUGGCUUUGACAUUUCAAAAACCUUCAUCUUCUCAGAUUUCAAUUAUGUCGGUGGUACCUUUUAUGAGAACAUGGUGAGGAUCAACAAAUGUGUUACAUAUAAUAAGGUUGUAGGUAUUUUUGGUUUCACUGGUGAAGAUCAUAUUGGAAAGAUAAGUUUCCCUGCUGUACAGGCUGCUCCAUCCUUUCCCAGUUCAUUUCCGCACCUCUUUUCUGGCAAACAUAAUCUCCGCUGCUUGAUUCCAUGUGCAAUUGAUCAGGAUCCUUAUUUCCGAAUGACACGAGAUGUUGCUCCUCGAAUAGGGUUUCACAAACCUGCUUUGAUUGAGUCAUUAUUCUUUCCUGCCCUUCAGGGAGAGACAGGGAAAAUGUCUGCUAGUGAUCCAAAUUCUGCUAUAUAUGUGACUGAUUCUUCAAAGGACAUUAAAAACAAGAUAAACAAAUACGCAUUCUCUGGUGGGCAAGAUUCUAUAGAGAAUCAAAGAAAGUAUGGAGCAAAUCUUGAGGUAGACAUACCUAUUAAAUACCUUGGUUUUUUCCUAGAGGAUGAUGCUGAACUUGACCACAUAAGAAAGGAAUAUGGUGCAGGACGUAUGCUAACAGGUGAAGUGAAAAGGCGACUUAUUGAACUUUUAACGGAAUUGGUGGAAAGACAUCGUAGGGCUCGGGCUGCAGUCACUGAUGAGAUGGUGGAUGCAUUCAUGGCAGUCAGGCCCCUUCCUAACAUGUUCACCUAAACUGGGGGAAAAAAGAAGAAAAAGGAAUAUGUUUGAAUUGUUCUGGAAGAUGAACUCACAAGGACCUUUUUCCCUUAUAACCUAAAUGCAGUAUUUUUUUUUUUUUGAAAUUUUUAUUAUUAUUUUCAGUUGCACUUUUGGGUUCCCUUAGUUGAGUCAUUAACAACUUUAAGCAGGCCUUUUGUGAUAUCCUGGUUUACCAAACAAGCUAUAGGGGACAAUGCAUGACAUAUUGUUAUGAACUGACUCAAGUUCUGUAAUUUUUGGCUGGUAUUUUUGACUCUCUAAAUAUAUAUAUAUAUGGUCAAACCUCAAUAUGUUUUGUUUUUUA